CCUGUACUAAAGAUGGCGUUUGGAAAUACUCGUCUAUUAUAUCAUUACUUGCUCUCAGAAACAAUAUUAGCAGUCCACUUCUAUACGCAAUUUGAGGUUAUGCAUUUUUGUUUACUGGGAAAAGUUUUCAGGUCAUAAUUUCUUUUGUAAAAAUGAAGAUGAAGCCGUAUCAAGAAAAGAUAGAACAGCUCCAAAACUACUUCAAAUCCCAUAAUAAGUCUAAGGAAUAUAUAGGACACUCUUCUAAAGUUCAUUCAGUAGGUUGGAGCUGCGAUGGUCGGAAACUGGCUUCAGGGUCUUUCGACAAGUCUGUUUGUGUUUAUACUUUAGAUCGAGAUCGGUUGAAUAAAGAACAUGUAUUCAAAGGUCCAGAGGGACACAGCGGUUCAGUAGAUCAACUAUGCUGGCAUCAAACUCAUCCAGACCUACUAAGCACUGCUAGUGGUGACAAAUCUGUGAAGAUCUGGGAUACCAGAGUCCAAAAAUGUGUAGCAACAAUAAAAACCAAAGGAGAAAACAUAAAUAUUACCUGGUCACCUAAUGGUAAUGCUAUAGCUGUUGGGAAUAAGGAGGAUCUAGUGACAUUUAUCGAUGCUAGGACACACAAAAUUGAAGCUGAAGAACAAUUUAAUUUUGAAGUGAAUGAAAUCUCAUGGAAUAAUACUAGUGACUUGUUUUUCCUAACAAAUGGGCAAGGCUGUGUUCAUAUUUUAAGUUACCCAGAUCUCAAAAGGCAACAUAUUUUGAAAGCUCAUCCAGGAACUUGCAUCUGUAUUGAAUUUGAUCCUACAGGGAAAUAUUUUGCUAUAGGAAGUGCAGAUGCCUUGGUUUCAUUGUGGGACAUCAAUGAGCUAGCUUGUCAAAGAGUUUUCACAAGGAUGGACUGGCCUGUGAGAACGAUUUCCUUCAGCUACGAUGGUCAAUUGCUGGCAUCGGCUUCAGAAGAUCUGAUCAUAGACAUUGGUUUUGUGGAAACUGGUGACAAAGUAGCAGACAUUUCUGUGGAAGCAGCAACGUUCACAGUGGCCUGGCAUCCUUCUCAACAUCUUUUGGCAUAUGCAUGUGAUGACAAAGACAGUUAUGACAGGAAGAGAGAUGCUGGAAGUUUAAAAGUUUGGGGGUUUCCCUCUGAUUGAGAGUGUUGAGAUUUGUGUGUUUUUAUAAUUAACAAAUAAAAUUAUAUAUUAGCAGGUAUGUGA